GUGUCGCUGCGUUUGGCAAUACACAGCGGCAAAUACACAUUCGUGCAGUGCAAUGUAGUCUGUAACCGUAGCAGUAAACAUAGAAGAAGGUAAAAUGAGAGCAUUUCUAGGUUGUUUGGGAGCGCAUACCUCCGCAUCUGGUUCUCUUUGAGGAAGGACACGGCUGCGCGUCGUCGUCAGGAACCGUCCGGGAGAUGGACGGGAGGACUGCGGAAACCGGGGAUGACGGGACUACGAGCGAGGCAGCGGCCGCCGGCCUCUGCUUACAGCUUGACCUGGGGGACACCGAUUCAGCCAAGAAGGCUCAGAUAACAGAGAUGCCGUCCCCAUUCGGAGUGGGCCCAGCCCAUGAGAAAAAGAUUGGCCACAGGAGGGUAGAUGCCUCUGGUGAGACAACGUACAAGAAGACCACCUCCUCUGCCUUGAAAGGGGCCAUCCAGCUGGGCAUUGGAUAUACUGUUGGCAACCUCAGCUCUAAGCCUGAGAGAGAUGUGCUGAUGCAGGACUUCUAUGUGGUCGAAAGCAUCUUCUUCCCCAGUGAAGGCAGCAACCUCACACCAGCCCACCACUUCCCAGACUUCAGGUUUAAAACCUACGCUCCUGUGGCCUUCCGCUACUUCCGAGAGCUGUUUGGAAUACGACCAGAUGACUACUUGUAUUCUCUAUGUAAUGAGCCACUCAUCGAGUUGACAAAUCCAGGAGCUAGUGGCUCCAUAUUCUACGUAACCCGUGAUGACGAGUUUAUCAUCAAAACUGUCCUGCACAAGGAGGCUGAGUUCCUACAGAAACUGCUUCCUGGAUACUAUAUGAACUUGAACCAGAACCCCCGGACUUUACUGCCUAAGUUUUUUGGCCUCUACUGCGUCCAGUGUGGGGGCAAGAACAUCAGAGUUGUUGUGAUGAACAAUAUUUUACCACGCUCUGUACGCAUGCACCUCAAGUUUGACCUGAAGGGCUCCACAUACAAGAGACGAGCUUCUAAGAAGGAAAGAGAGAAGUCCAAACCCACUUUUAAAGACCUGGACUUUCUGAAUGACGUUCCUGAUGGUCUCAUUCUGGACCAAGACACAUACAGUGCUCUGGUGAAAACUCUGCAAAGAGACUGUCUGGUUCUGGAGAGUUUUAAGAUUAUGGACUACAGUUUGCUGCUCGGGGUCCACAACAAGACCCAAGCAGAGAGAGAGUCUCAGUCCCAGGGCUCACCUGCAGGUGGUGGAGAUGAGAAAAAACCUGCAGCCCAGAGAGCAUUAUAUUCCACUGCAAUGGAGUCCAUACAGGGAGGCUCCACGUGCAGGGAUACGCUGGACCAUGAUGACACCAUGGGAGGUAUUCCAGCUGUUGGUGGUAAAGGAGAGCGCCUUCUGCUGUUCAUCGGUAUCAUUGACAUUCUGCAAUCCUACAGACUGAUUAAAAAGCUGGAGCACUCUUGGAAGUCCCUUAUCCAUGACGGGGACACGGUGUCAGUUCACAGACCUGGUUUCUAUGCUGAGAGGUUCUACAAGUUCUGUAGCACCAUUGUCUUCAAGAAGAGCUGCUCAUUGCGAUCCUCUCCAUCUAAAAGGGGCCGCGGGGCUCUCUCCAUGUCCAAGUCCAGUGCCGGUACCAGUUCAGCUGGACAGCGUCCCUCAUUGAGUGAUGAGAGGCAGGAAAACCUUGACAACUUGGAGAACCUACGAGGAGCUCGCAGCUUCCCCAUGCUGGAGGACAAUGGGAGAGAACCACCCUGCACUCCUCCUUCAUUUGAAGAUGCAACCACAGCAUCUAUCGCUACCACGCUUUCCUCUAACAACUCCUUACCCACCACCCCCUUCGAUACACCAGAGCACCCACGCUACAGGAGACAAAUGCACUCACCGAGUGUGGUCAGGUCACAAAAAGAGAUAGUUGAGAUUCAUGGGGAAAAGCAGGACACCAUAACAGUGGAGGUGGAGCUCAGUAAAAUCCCAAAGAGCACAGAGCUCACACAGAUGACAGGAAUGACCUCUCCCAGCCAUCUGUCACCUGAUCAUCAGCCCCGUAUCUUUGCUUCAUCCACCCCUCCCUCUGUUACUCCAUCCUCCGCAUAUUCCUCCUCUACCCUUCCUCCUUCCUUUGCUUCCUCCUCCUCCACUGCUCAAUCAGCUGGGCAGUCAUCCGCCACACUUACUUCAUCCAUCCGUCCAUCCACCAAACCACUCACCUCUCCCACAGCUGCUCAGUCUUCCACUCUUUCUCCUCUGAUCUCUCGUUCAGCCACACAAUCCACACCUCCCACCUCAGCAAAUGCCUCCACGCUCCCUCCUGCCUCAGCAUUCACUCCCAUCUGCCCCGCAUCCCCUCACUAUUCCACCCAGAGCUCCUCUCACCAUCUCCCCUCAACGCCUCCCUCCUCUGUCCCUCCGAGCCCCCAGGUGCCUCAGCGGGCACCACGUACAUCAUGCAAUCAACUAUCUGUGUCCAGCAGCCACAACUCACUGGAUGGAGAGGUGCAGGUGUCCGACAUCUACUUUUAUGCAGAUGGCAGAUAUUGGGUGUACUCUCCAGUUCUUGGCCGUCGUAAGCUAAACUCUAGCUCGAGUUACAAUACUCAGGACGAUAGGAGCUGGGUGUACUCUCCUCUGCACCCAGGCUCAGAGUCCAGAAGGGGCUCAGAUGGGGAGAGUUAGGCGUGGAGACAGCAGUGAUGGGUGGAGCCAGAGGCCAUCUCCAUAUACAGAGGCUGCAAGGUUUCAAUAAUAAAGCCACCAGGAAGCCACUAUGAAGACUUAAUGCUGGAUGCCCAAGCUGCAUGUGGAAGCUCGCUUUGCCAACCGUGACAGACUACAGGAAUGAAUUUAGAAGCAUUGAAGAAUACAAGAACACGAACACAAAUAUACAUUAAAACAAAUGCAUGGAGAAUCAUAACAUAAAAAUAAACAAAAAUGUUAAAUCAUCAAUUCAUGGACAAUCUAACUGACAUCAAGUGGAGAAAUAAAGCAACUGUGAAUGACUCUGGUGGCUGUUAAGUCAGGUAUCCUUGCAGUCCUGUUGCCUGAUAUGGAGGUUUUUAGUGCUCAUGAGUUUCGCUGCACUGUGCAAACUCUGGCUAUGCAAUAUGGACAUACAGUACGUGAUAUCAAUUCCUCUUUUUGACUGAGUUUGAGUUUAUUCAUGCAUUUAUUUUUCACUAGCGGCAUGUCAAAGCUGUAUAUAAUUUUAUUUUUAGCACUUUAUCAAAGAGGCUACAUGUGGCUGAGGUCUUUUGUCAUUGUAUAUGUUUUGUUGUUUGUCAUCAGUUAUUGUGUGAAAACACACUCAAACACAGUUAAUGUUUUGUGUGCUGUGUAUGCACAGCGUCCUGUUUUUCCAGUGGUGUUUGGUGGUCCAUUGAAGAAACUUUGAUCUGACAAUGAGUGGUUGUAUUCAAAAUGCCUUAUCGACAAACUCAUUUUCAUAACUGUUUUUGAUAUUUCGGUCACAUGUAAUCAUUUAAAAAAAAAAAACAACAUAAAAAUAUAAACAUACAGAGUAUUUUAUUGUGCAUAAAUACCAAAUCUUUGAAGCAGAGUUUAAACAAUAUAGCAGCCAUGCAUUUACACCUUUUCAGGAUUAUAACAGAGAUAUCAAGAGAGAGCAAAGGAAAAAAAUUAAUCAAAUUAUCUUUUGUAAAUUGUAGAUAAACUCUGCGUGCUUAAGCACAUGCAUGUAAGUAUGUACGCCCCCUUUUGUCUCUGUGUGCAUGUGUUUGCAUGCAUAUGAUGUGUGACUGGGAGACAUGUAAGUGCAAGAUUUUUCUGUCCUGCCUAUUUGUCAUAUCGUCAAAAGAUGUAAUGUCCAUUUGUUGUUAUAAGCCAUGAAGGUCUGAACCAGCUAUAAGCAUGUUGGCUGUGUGAGAAAUAUGAAAUACAGGUAUCCCAGUCUUUAAUGACGCUGGAUUAAUCCUAAUUUACCAAAUUAAACAAACAGAGCUUUUCCAUACAGUUUAGUGAGAAUAGACAGACAGUAUCUACUGUCUUUCAUACAGGGUUGUACUUGCUGAAACAAGACUAAGCAUACUCUAACUUCCUGUCUGUGUCAGUAAGAACUGCUGCAAGUUAUCGUAUCAUUCGAGUCUGCUGCAGUUAAAAUGCCUGUUUAUAGGCAACAGUGUUUGUAGCUGAUCACUGUG